AUGGAUAGGAGGGCUAUGGCUGCAGCAAGGCUGUUGGCCAAUGACAAUAUGAGUGCAUCUAAUAGCUUGUCAAAUUUUGGUGUGCUACAACUCCAAUCCUUGAUGGAAACCUUGAGUUCAACAGAACCUCACUACAUCAGAUGUGUAAAGUCAAAUAAUGUCCUCAAACCUGCUAUUUUUAAGAACUUCAACAUCAUCCAACAAUUAUGUUGUGAUGUUGUUCUUGAAGCAAUUAGGAUAAGCUAUGCUGGAUAUCCUACUAGGACAUUCUAUGAAUUUCUUCAUCGUUCCAGUGUUCUUGCUCCAGAAGUUUUGGAAGGAAAUUAUGAUGAUGACAAGGUUGCAUGCCAAAUGAUUCUAGAGAAAAAAGGGUUGAAAGUUAGGCAAGACAAUGUGUUCCUGAGAGCUGGUCAGAUGGCUGAAUUGGAUGCACGAAGAGCAGAGGUGCUUGGAAAUGCAGCCAGAACUACUCAAAAACGAAUUCGUAAAAUGGCCAGCAAAAUGUAUGAAAAGUUAAGGCGUGAAGUAGCUGCUGUGAAGAUACAGAAGAAUUUCUGUCGGUAUAUUGCCAGGAAGUCCUUCAUAAGACUACAGUUGUUGCAGACAGGCUUAAGGGCAAUGACUGCACAGAAGGAAUUCAGAUUACGCAAGCAAAUCAAGGCUGCUAUAAUGAUCCUUUACAUACACAUUAUUGGUAAUGAUCUGUCCAAAUUUUCUCAGGCUGCAAGAGAAACAGGGGCCCUAAAUGAGGUGAAAGACAAACUAGAGGAGCCAGUGGUUGACUGUAACUCAAGUAAUUUAGUCCUUCAUGGGAUGAAAGAGCCAAUUGGAGGAUGCAAGAAUGGAACCAAGGAAAAGGAAGAAGAUUUGGAGGAAGUGGAGGGGUCGGAUAGAGGCCAGGAACUUACCAGAAGGCUGAAAGGAGCUACAGAAACUUUAAACACAGCUAGAAGAUGCAGAUCUAAGAAGGCUAGGAAAAAUCGUCAGCAGAUAGCAGUGUCAAAGGUUUUUGCAAGGCUAAAAGGUGCUCCGUUUGGCAUUGGGCAUGACAAGGCAGUAAGAAAACAUAAAAAUGCAGUCAGAAGACAACAAGAAGCUUGCAUCCAGGAUUCAAAAGAGAUUGGGGACUGUUAA